ACAAAAUUACAUGAUUACAAUAAUCCUGAACGUCGCUUCCCAAUAUUUAAUAAAUUGUCCAUCCAUCCAGAUAAUUCCAUUAUCUUUUUUUUUCCCUAACAUAACCUCUCUUCCGGCCGUCCCCCUUCCCGUUUUCAACCACAAUCACAAACACAACCAAAUCAAAUAAUCAAUCAAUCAAGUACUGAAGAAUGGGAGACAAGAACGCGACUCCAGCAGCGGUGAAGCGGAUAUCGAGAUGGGUUCGAAGCCGAUCGGUGCGAGAACAAGUCACAAUGGGCGUAGUUUCCGCCAUUGUUAUACUUAUUGUGUUGCGACUUAUUUGGAAAACUCAGACUUACUUUUUUGUUUCAAGUCAAAUCGCUCAUUUUGCUGCUCUUUUGCUCUUAAUUUAUAAGCUCACCAUCAACAAAACUUGUUCUGGUCUAUCUCUGAAAACUCAGGAGCUUACAGCAAUAUUCUUAUUAAUAAGAAUGUUCUGUUCUUAUGGUCUCUUACGUGAUAUGCAUGUUGUACUUGAUUCUUUGACCCUUGGAGCUACCCUCUGGGUGAUCUAUAUGAUGCGAUUUAAGUUAAAGAGCACCUACGUGAAAGAGCAUGACAACCUGCCUUUGUAUUAUGUGUUAGUGCCUUGCGCUGUUAUUUCAAUAAUUGGUCAUCCUGGAGUCAGGGCUGGCGUUAUCUUGGGAUUUUUAUUUGUGUAUUACAUGACAAUUGAAGCCGUUUCAGUGCUCCCCCAGCUUCAAUUCAUACAAAAUGCUAAGAUGGUUGAACCAGUUACCGCUCAUUAUGUAUUUGCAUUGGGUGUUUCAAGAUUCUUUGCAUUUGCAAAUUGGAUAAAUUUGCUUAUUGACGGUGGUGGAUCAUUGCUAACCCAAAUAGGACAGGGACAUCUUUAUAUAGCAGUGGCUCUUCUGGCUGAAGUGGUUCAAACUUUCAUCUUGGCCGACUUCUGUUACUACUACGUCAAGAGUGUAAUGGCCGGAGAACGCAUGAUGAGACUACCUUCACAAGUGGUCUAAAGUUGGACAGUAUUACUGUUGGCACGUUGAAGCAAUAAAACAUAUGUUCGUGUAAAGGCUCAAUCUUCUGCGCCAAAGCCUUCAACAAGAAUAAAACGAGAAGUAACAAGACCUUGUUUUUGUUAAUAUUAAUCGACAAUCGUCAUGUUUGCAGUAUGUGCUUUGAGUCUUAAAUGACUAAGGUUUUGAUGUUCCUUAGUCCUGUUUAUGUAAAUUACUGUUAAAUGAGUUUGCUCUGCAAACUUUUUGCUUUAAUUUAGUUCUCGGUGAUGUAUGUACAAAGUUCAAAGUGUAUAUAUUGGCUAAAUAGUUCGUUUACAACC